AUGAUAAUAUUGAUGGUCUCUGGAGUAUCCACCGAUGCCGUCACGCCGACGCCACCUAAACCAGGGUCCCAAGCCAGUCCCUGCUCCCGCCUCCAGCAAACCAAGGCAGACGCCGCACUAGAGGGCGGAAACGCGGGCUCGCCAAUGUCGGGCUUACCAACGCCCCCGCCGACACCCCCAGAGCCCGUUCCGGCUCACUUCAUCUCUGGGCUGGAUAAAAUCCUUUCGAGUAAGGAGCGAUGUGCUGCAGAGAAUAUCAUCGAGUCCACCAGACCCUACGCCGCCGUUUCUUUUGAGGUAUUCAAGAAGACACUCGGGGUCAUCACAGACAGAAUUCGAUACCGUACACCAACAACGCCGAAGACCCCCUCAGCCACCCUUCUUACCUCCUCCCUCUUCUUCAAGGACCUCGAGUGA